CAAAUUCACCUGUCUUUCUCUUACUUCUGCCCUUGCAAUGUUUCGUCUUUCUCCAUCUCAUCUUCGUUCCUGCGCAACCUCACUCCAUCACAUGAAACCUGACUAGAACUUCUUUCGUCGUCCUACGCGGACGUCCCAUCCAUCCAUCAUGCCUUCCAUACGCAUUCUAGACCUCAAUGUCGAGAUCCUCGCGGACAUCUUUCAAAUCGUGAACGAUGAAUCACCACGAACCACCUCGGCCAUCGCUCAAGUCAACAAGACCUUCAACUUUGCAGUCGAACUGGUACGGUAUCGACGAGAGACUCUCAAGUGGAGCAGUGGCCUCGUGAAGUUUGUCGAUGACUUCGAUCGACCUGUAGAGCUCUUGUCACCAGAUCGGCUGCGCGGACUACGACAUCUGACCAUCUCCAAGGGCGAUUUUCCUUUUGAAGACAUCCACGAUGGCCCGGCGACGACUCACUUGAUCGAGUUGCUGGAUGCCACCUCCAACCUCAAGUCACUGACCUACAAAACCGGAAAUUACCCUCCAAGCGAUCUCAUCCGUGCGAUACAGAAGAGACAUCCACGGACCGAUCUCAAAGUCUACAUCGACGCAGAGGAAGCUUCACAAAUCUGCGAGUCCCAGUCUCUCUGUCUGGCACAAUCCCGCGUGACUGAAUUUACAAUGGAGAUCCCCAAGACCUAUCUGGGAAGGGACAAUCGCCACCAGGAGUUCGAGCACAUGAUCUCUACUGCGAAGCAUUUGAGGUCUGCCAGUCUCACUUCGUUCAACAUUCACACAUCACGGAUGAGAAAGUGGCAAGCCGGAACAGAUUCGACAUCAGGCAGGAAGCGCAACACUUCACUUCGUCAAUUUUGUCUCGAUGGUUGGCCUGUCUCGGCAGACACGCUGGAGUACUGGUCUCAGUUCAUAGACUUGUCGCGCCUAGAGACACUCUCAUGUACCCGAGGUCCUUUGCACACUUCGUAUUUCAUCAAGGCAGCCGAGAUCCUACGAAAUCUAAAAUCUGUCAGUCUCAACCUCAGCCCUUUUACAUGUUCCGACGAGACUGCCAACGCAGUGGAACAGUACAUUGGCACAUGUCCUCCUUUGACAACACUGAGUCUAUGGUCUUGGAUGGGCAAGGUCAGACUCGAAACCAUCCUCAGCCAUCAUGGUCCUACUUUGCAGGAUCUACAACUGCAUGUUCGAGAAGAGGAAAUCAUGCCGGAUGGUCAGCCGCAGCCAUUGCCGAUCGAGAAGCUCAAGGCCAUUCGCAUGUCAUGCCCCAAGCUCUCCAGGUUCACGUUUGAUGUGAAACGCGUGUCGAAGUAUCUUGCAUGGAACGAGUACAAGGAGAUUUUUGACGAGGUCAAGCUGUUCAACCUGAAUUACUUGCAAGUCUACAUGGAUUGCGGAUUGAUGUACAUGGUGAACAGAGUGCGUACGCACAAUGAUGAGGAAGACGAGGAAGACGAUCCUGAUGUUGAUGAUUAUGACGAAGACAUGGACGGUCUCGGUGAUGACGAUCCCUCGCCUGACGGAUGCGGUGGCUUGAUGGACUCGGAAAGCCUCGAGACGAUGGACCCGUCAGCAGAGUUUGACGUUUAUGAUCAUAUCUCAAGCCUCCAUCCACCUGUCUCAACCAAGAGAAUUCCACCAUUCGUCCAUCAGGUCUGGAAGCACGUGUUUGGAGAUCGGAUCACGGGUGACGGAGUAUUGGAUGUCAAGUUUGGUGAAUGGGAACGAAAAGUCGCAGUUGGAGCGUUUCGAUAUGACGGUGAACCUCAGAAGGAUUUAAGGGUUUGGUGUCAUGCAGAACCACAUCCGAGAGAUGACAAGAAAGGACAAAGUGAAGUGGUCUUGAAAUGUUGUCAAGGACUUCAUUUGGCAAAAUGCAGUACCGGUUGAGGUGUCGACCAUUGAUCAUUGAUCAUUGACCCUUGGCGUCAUGGCGAGAAGAAACAAAAACACAAGGUGUUGGUAUGAUAAGGGGACAAAGAGAAUCGGUUCCUACUUUCGGAAGAAUCCAACAAGAAUUCAAACGACUUGCGAAAAUCACAUUGGCACUGGACGGAUGGUGUUUCGGAUUUGGGGUUGGCCAACAAAAUGCAUCCUGGGGCGUCGACAAG